GGCGGGGAAGGAGAGAAGGAGCGGAGGAGUGAGGAAGGGGCGGAGGGAGGAAAGCGUCUGUGCUCUUUCACUCGGACUCUGUGUGUGCGCUCGGGAGACCAGCGUGUUCGCUUCGCCGGACUUUCCGCUGAGCUUCCCCCGCCCGAGGAAAGAGGGCAGAGGGGCAGAAGGGAGAGCCCCCACCGUUGACUCUCGGCUCCGCGAGGUGUACGGGAGAAUUGCUGUCUGCCGCAGGAUCUAACCCUCGCCUCUCCAGUGACCAGUUAACCCACCUCUUUGGGAUGUAGGAGGUAACUGCAGUAACCUGUAUCAACCACCGGUCACAGGGCGAAUGUACGUACUCCACACAGGCAGCAGCCAAGCUGCAACAUUCCCACCUAACCCCUUCAGGUGGCCAAGAAUGCCAGUGGGACGGGAGCCCAGACGGUGAUAGGUCAGGCUGCAGGAGAGCGGAAGCAGUAUUGGAAUGAUCAGCUGCGCUCACUUGGUGUGCUGGGCUGUGCUUGGCCUGGUCUCCCUCUCCGUCGCACGGCCUGCACUCACUCUACCAGGACAAGUGUCUCUGAAGCAGAGCGGGGAAGUAGAGCCGUACUCCACGCACCCGGGGGAUUCCCUGGAGCUGCGCUGCCGCUUGCGGGAGGACAUCCAGAGCAUCGCCUGGACCAAGGACGGGGUGCAGCUCCCCACCAACAACCGCACCCGCAUCACGGCCGAGUACCUGCAGAUCACCGACUCGGUGCGCGAGGACUCCGGCCGCUACACCUGCAUCACCAGCGGCCCCUCCGGCAGCGAGACCUCGCACUUUGCCGUCAACGUCUCUGAUGCUGUGUAUUCGGUGGAAGAGGAUGAUGAGGACGAGGAUGAUGAUGAUGACGAUGAUGUAGAGACGGAUGAUGAUGAAAGGAACGAGUCAGAUGAAAAGAGCAAGAAGGAAGCAAGGUCCCCGUACUGGGUUCAGCCAGAGAAGAUGGAGAAGAAACUCCACGCUGUGCCGGCGAUGAAGACGGUGAAGUUCCGGUGCCCAGCAGCUGGUAACCCACCACCCGUUCUCCGCUGGUUGAAGAAUGGCAAAGACUUCAAGCCAGAUCACCGAAUCGGUGGAUACAAGGUCCGAUGGCAGCACUGGAGUCUCAUCAUGGAGGGGGUUGUACCUUCAGACAAGGCCAAUUACACCUGCGUGGUGGUUAACCAGUACGGCAGCAUCAACCACACCUACCAGCUGGAUGUUGUCGAACGCUCACCUCAUCGACCAAUCCUACAGGCCGGCCUCCCCGCCAACAAGACAGUGACGGUGGGCAGUGACGUGGAGUUUGUCUGCAAGGUCUACAGUGACCCCCAGCCCCACAUCCAGUGGCUGAAGCAUGUGAGGGUGAACGGCAGCAGAAUGGGCCCUGACGGAUCCCCCUACGUCCAGGUCCUCAAGCAUUCGGGGAUUAAUAGUUCGGAUGCGGAACUGCUGACCCUGUUCAAUGUGACUGAAGUUGACAGCGGAGAGUAUAUUUGUAAAGUUUCCAAUUAUAUUGGUGAGGCCAAUCAGUCAGCGUGGCUCACAGUAACCAGGCCAAAGUUGGAAGAAACGGAGGAGAAGCCUUCCACUCUGUCGUCACCGGUCUACUUGGAGAUUAUCAUCUACUGCACCGGGGCCUUCCUCACGUCCUGCAUGGUUGUGACGGCCAUCGUCAUCCGCAUGAAGAGCACGGCCAAGAAGCCUGACUUCAACAGCCAGCUGGCCGUGCACAAACUGGCCAAGAGCAUCCCCCUGCGCAGACAGGUAACAGUGUCCAUCGACUCCAGCUCCUCCAUGCACUCAGGGGUCCUACUGGUGCGGACUACCCGCCACUCCUCCAGCGGUACUCCCAUGUUGGCCGGAGUCUCGGAGUACGAGCUGCCUGAAGACCCCCGCUGGGAGUUCCCCCGGGACAAGCUGACCUUGGGUAAACCCCUCGGCGAAGGCUGCUUCGGGCAGGUGGUGAUGGGAGAAACCCUUGGCAUCGACAAGGAGAAGCCCAGCAAACCGGUCACAGUAGCCGUCAAAAUGUUGAAAGCUGACGCCACGGAGAAGGACCUUUCGGACCUCAUUUCGGAGAUGGAGAUGAUGAAGAUGAUUGGCAAACACAAGAACAUCAUUAACCUACUGGGAGCCUGCACUCAGGACGGACCGCUCUACGUUAUUGUCGAGUUUGCUUCCAAGGGCAACCUGCGUGAGUACCUGCGAGCCCGACGUCCACCUGGUAUGGAGUACUGUUAUAACCCUUCCCACGUGCCUGUAGAGCAGCUCUCCUUCAAGGACCUGGUGUCCUGUGCUUAUCAGGUGGCCAGGGGUAUGGAAUACCUGGCCUCGAAAAAGUGCAUACACCGGGACUUGGCGGCUCGAAAUGUGCUGGUGACGGAAGAAAACGUGAUGAAGAUCGCCGACUUCGGGCUGGCACGAGACAUCCAUCACAUCGACUACUACAAGAAGACGACAAACGGCCGUCUCCCUGUGAAGUGGAUGGCCCCAGAGGCUCUGUUCGACCGGAUCUACACUCACCAGAGUGACGUCUGGUCUUUCGGGGUGCUGCUAUGGGAGAUCUUCACGUUGGGGGGGUCGCCGUACCCUGGCAUUCCUGUGGAAGAGCUCUUCAAGCUGCUGAAGGAGGGGCACCGGAUGGACAAGCCCUCGAACUGCACCCAGGAGCUCUACAUGACGAUGAGGGACUGCUGGCACGUCAUGCCCUCUCAGCGCCCCACCUUCAAGCAGCUGGUCGAAGACCUGGACAGGAUUCUGGCGAUGACGUCGAAUCAGGAAUACCUCGACUUGUCGGUGUCUCUGGAUCAGUACUCCCCCAGCUUCCCGGACACCAGGAGCUCUACCUGCUCCUCCGGCGAGGAUUCGGUCUUCUCCCACGACCCUCUACCCGAGGAGCCGUGCCUCCCAAAGUACCCAGGUCGUGCCAACGGGGGCCUGAAGAGGAAGCAUUAAAGGUGGGGGCCCCUUGGAUCUGGUGGAGCAGAACUCCCCCAGGACAUCAUUCCACGAAGUCAAUCCCGCCGAUCGACGGGUCCGAACUGGUCUCUACGCACACCUGUGUGUGUGGCAGCCUCGUCCGCUCGGUGGUUCCUGUCCUCGAACCGACAACUGCAUACAAAAGUCAAAGAAAUGAGCCAUUCCCUGGGUGAACCGUCAGUCGGGACCUUACUGGGCUUAACAGUGACUGGCACCAGACAACGGCCCGGCAGAGUAGAUCAUCUGCCAGCUCUCUCCCACUCCCUACCUGUUCCCCGCCCCUCGGGUGGGCAUGGGGGAGAUGCACUGUACCCGCUGCCCAGCCUCUGAAGUGGGGCAACAGGGGACUCGUGGCUCGGAGAUGUGUUGCGUGCUUUGGAGAGAGAGAGCUAAAGGCAGGAACAUGUGCGCAGAUGAUGAGGGAGCACGCCUUGUAAAUAUGGCCAAAUAUGUAUAAAUAUAAAUAUAUUUACAUGAAUUUUUUUUUGUAAAGUUAACAAGAUUGUUGCCAGAAUAUUGUCGCUGCAGAUUACCAUGAUCCUCCUGGAAGAGUGGGCUUGUCUCGUCCAGCUCAUAGGCUUUCCUCCCUGCUCUCACAGAGACGAUCUCGUCCUACCUGCUGCUGAAGCCAGGGUAAUGGAGUUGUGAUGUGGUGGAACAGUGUGUCAGACCAGGGAUUCCUGGGUCACCAGGUCUGUUUCUGGUGUUCUUUCUACUACUGGCCAGAACUGCGUUGCCUGAGAUGGUAUGGACCAGUAGGAUAGCCCAAGGGGCAUCUGCAGUUCCAUCCUUCCCAACUCCUACCUAUACCUUCUAUCCCAUCCCUUCCCUCUCCCAUUCCCUACCUGUGACCCCUCCAGACUCUCUACCCCGUCUCCUGCCUGUUCCAUCUCCUACUUCCUGUCCAUCCCUUCUGAGCCUCCAUCCUAGCCCCAUCCAUACCCCUUCCCCAGCCCCUGUCCAUCACACCCCCCCAUCCCCAUUUGUACCCUUACCCCUCUCCCACAGGGUGUGACCUACCACACCAUCCUGACCUUGCCACUUCUCAGCCAGCUCUCCCAGUUUUCUAGGAAAAUCUUUCUUCUGUGAGGGGGUGGAUUUGUCCUUUCCCUGAUGGUAGACUGGUCGCCAUGGUAACUGUGGAGGUCAAUCAGCUUCAACUUUUGUGCCGAACUAGGGCUGAUCACCUCCUCUCACUCUGCUGAUCUCUUCCCCUCCCCUGGCUGACCUCCUCCUCACUACAAAUUCACCCCCCCCCCCCACACACAUACACACCCCUCACCCAGGUGACCGGCUGAUCUCUAGCCCAACCCAGCCCCCACACAUCACCCUGGUGACCACCAACCCCGUACUCCUCCACCAGGCAGACACCACUUACCGUCAGACACCAAGCAACUCCUGAGUCAGGAGCACAAGCAUCGGCUGGCGCUCCCUCAGACAUUGCCCCCUCCCCGCAGAGUCAGCAGGCUUAGGUUAAUCUGCCCCAGUGCCCCAAGGUGGAAGGUUCAGACGUGGCCUCUCAGCCUGUCCCACCUUCUAAUGAGACCAAGGUUGAUCCAUUGUCGACUUCUGAUCAGCUGCCUCGCCCUUAGUGCCUGAAACUGUUAGUCUCAGACUCAGACCCAGAACUGGUGCUUGCCAUGGUGGAAGAGAUCCUCGUCCCUCUCCCCACGCACACACACACACACACACACACACGCGUAAAAGGGUUUCCAAAGUUCACUCCUACCUUGGACCCCCCCUGCCCCCACCCAUCAGCAGAAAUGUUGGUCUUCGCAUCGAUCACAGCACCCCAGGCGUAUACGGUCCCAGUAAUUGAAUCAUCGUCGGUCUGCCUCUUCUAAGGAGUGACCUUACUGUGUUUCUGCAGGCAAUAACAUGCACAGCUGUUAUACAGCCUCAAGACCACUUGCCUUUCUUAAUCGCCAGCCAAGGGAAAGUAAAUUAAAGCCUUCGAGCUAAACCUUUUAGCCAGGGAGUGGGUCGAGGACGCAGCGGGGUCCAUGUGAAUGGGGACGAUGUAUGUGGCUGUAGUAGGUCAAGUCGCGCGUGUGCACCAGACUGAGUGUUAGCCCACCCCCAGACUGAUCAGUGACCGGGGUGGGGGGAAUGCAGUCAGAGCUGCUUCUGUAAACAGCUGCCCCUCCAGAGCGUCGCUUUACGAAUCUUGUCUUCACAGCCGGGCGUUGCGGCCCCAUUACCACUUCUGUCAGACUCAUGUUCACAAGAUCAGCUUCAGGGAGCAUGGAACCUCGCGCUGGGGUGGGGUGACCAUUUGGCCCACAGGGUGGAUGCUUGCCCAUUGGUCAUUCAGAUCCCCCACAAGCCUUUCCUUAUGGAGCUUAUUUUGAAAGGUGCAAAUGAAUUUUCUUCAACCAUCUAGAACAUUCUGGGUGACAAUGCCUGUGAGUGUGUUUUUUUAAAAAAAGACUCUCUUACUGUUUGUAUUCUUUGCCCACUUAUGUAGACCCCUACCUUCAUGAUAAAGGCUCUAUUUUCACUCAUGAAUGUACUUGGAUUCAUUCACCCCGACCUCAUAACACCAUGUUGGUCUGCAUCUAGCAGGUGUUGGAGUGGCAGGAGACUUCCUGAGGAUAGAGGGUGCGGCUGGGGGCAGGCAGUGGAAGUUCUUUGUCCGAGUGCCGACAUUUUCAGCGCGGCUGAUGUGCAUCUCACAGGCAGCGUGAAAGCCACUCUGUUGUACAAGGGGGGUACUUGUGUGGGUGCAGGCGGGCUGGUGUUGGGUGAGGCCGCAGAGGGCCAUCCUUGUCUGCGGAUUCCCAGUGGCCGUUGAGUUCAAGGUGUACUGCCCCUGACCAGGCUGUGUGUGCAUGAGAAAAACUAUUGCCUAAUUUAUUGCUUUUUUAAUUAAAAAAAAGAAAUGUUUUUUUUUCCCAUUUUAUAAAUGUUUAUGAGGUUUUAAAUUGACCUGUAGUUAUUCUCAUAUUUACCCUUCUAUGAUUAAAUUCCUUUUAACACUU